CUUUAGCUUAAUAUAAGAUAAUGGUAGAAUACAAUGUAUGAUAAUAGUUUGAAAUUUCUCAUUACCAUAAGUUACGGUUGGUACAUGGUAAUGCCACCCCUCACAUAUACCCAAAAAAUUGAAAAUAAAAUUUAAAAAAUUAAAUAAGUUAGUCAAAUUUCCGCGGUAAAAGUUGCAAGAAUAGAGCUUAAACAUCUGAUCUAAAACAAACUCCCUCAUAGAAAAAGUCAAGAAUGUUAGCUAUACUUGAGCUCUUCACAACACCAAACUUUCACACACACACACACACUUCACUUAACAAAAACACACUCCCAUUAAUCAAAUCUUGAAAAACUAAACCUCAUUCCUCACUCCACAAACCCCCCCAAAAAAGAGUACAAACAAAAUUACUCAAUGAAGAAAGAAAUGCACCACUCUCAUGCCUCAAAAACCUUGUUGUUAUCCACCACCUUCCUCCUCCUCCUCCUCAACACCGCCACCGCCGCCGACCAACCGCCACCCAUCUCCUCCCACAGACACCUCCUGUCCUACAACGGAGACCCCCUAGCAGCGGACCCCGUCCUCGACUUCGAAAACCCACGCCUAAAAAGCGCCUACAUCGCCCUCCAAGCAUGGAAAGAUUCCAUCCUCUCCGACCCCAACAACGUCACCGCCACCUGGACGGGCCCCGACGUGUGCAACUACACCGGAGUAUUCUGCUGGCAGGCCCCCGACAACCCGUGCGAACGCACAGUCGCCGGAAUCGACAUCAACGGCCGCGGCAUGGCCGGACACAUCCCCCACGAGGUGGGCCUCCUCUUCGACCUAACCCUAUUCCACGCCAGCUCUAACCGUUUCUGUGGGACCCUCCCACAAAGCUUCACAAACUUGAAGCUCCUAUUCGAGCUCGACCUAAGCAACAACCGCUUCGUCGGGAAGUUUCCGGAACCUAUCCUCCAAUUGGCCAGCCUCAAGUACCUCGAUAUCCGUUUCAACGAAUUCGAGGGUGAACUCCCCAGUCAACUCUUCGAGAGAAGCUUCGACGCUCUUUUUUUAAACGACAAUUCUUUCUCUUCGAAACUACCCGAAACUUUCGGAAAUUCGCCCGCUUCGGUUAUUGUUAUAGCGAAUAACAAACUCGAAGGGUGUGUUCCUCCAAGUCUGGGCAAUAUGGUCAAUUUAAACCAAUUGGUGCUAGCGAACAACCAAUUUUCGUCUUGUUUUCCAAGCGAAAUCGGGAAAUUGAAGAAUUUAACGGUUUUUGAUUUGAGCAAUAAUCAAAUUGUGGGCCCGUUGCCUAAUAGCAUCAGGGAUAUGGAGAGCUUGGAGCAGCUAGGCAUAGGGAAUAACAUGAUGUCGGAGAAUAUCCCGGCGAGUAUAUGCCAACUCCCUAAACUGGCGGGGUUCGGGUUCGGUGGCAACUACUUCUCCGAGGAGUCUCCGGUGUGUCUGAACUUGCUGAAAUUUGACGAUAAAAAGAAUUGCUUUAGAGGGAGGCCGGAGCAAAGAACCACUUUGGAGUGUCAAAGGUUCUUGGCUCGAAAGAUUAACUGCAGCAGUUUCGGUUGUCCGGCCUUUUCACCCCCAACCGCACCCCCCUCUGUUUCGUCACCCCCACCGGGGAGUCCUUAUCCGCUGCCUGCACCUCCACCGUCAAACCCUACACCACCACCGUGCGCGUGCGUACAGCCACCUCCAACAAAUUAAAUGCAAGUUCAGAAUUUUCCGGAACAAAUUAAAUGCUGCCACGCACCGGUUCUUCGGCUCCUUUUUUUUCCCCCUGCUUGACAAGUGAAAUAUGGCAGAUUUUAUUUAAGAUGGUUGAAAUGAAAAAAAGGUCACUCAAUGUAAGAAAGGGAAUCUUCCGAACUUUGUUAUGAAUAAAAAAUUCUAUGUUUUUGCCUGCAAAAUGAAUCAUAUUUCAGGGUCGUUAUCAUCUUUUAUAUGUGUAGCAUCACUUUAUAUGUUCUAGCAAAUGCUUAUAUGCCUCACUUAAUAUGCCAACUUAUUCAACAUGAGUCAAAUUAAUGGAUGCUAGUAUCUGCUAGAGUAUCAAAAU